GUUGCUGGCGCGGGGCGGUGGGGGCGCGGCUGAGCGCGCUCUCUUGCGGGCGGUUGGCGGCGGCUGCGGGAGCCAGGCGGGAGGCAGCGCGCGGGCCGGGCCCUCCCCGCCCCUACCGGACCCUCUGGGCCCGUCCUGCCGCCAUGUCGGAGGAGAAGCCCAAGGAAGGAGUGAAGACAGAGAACGACCACAUCAACCUGAAGGUGGCCGGGCAGGAUGGCUCCGUCGUGCAGUUCAAGAUCAAGCGGCACACGCCUCUCAGCAAGCUGAUGAAGGCCUACUGCGAGCGGCAGGGUUUGUCUAUGAGGCAGAUCAGAUUCAGAUUUGACGGACAACCUAUUAAUGAAGCAGACACACCUGCGCAGCUGGAGAUGGAAGAUGAAGACACUAUCGAUGUGUUCCAGCAGCAGACGGGCGGGCUGUGCUAAGACAUGCCAUCCUUUGGAGCGGAGGCCUUCCAGGCUCAUUGCACCUCGCUCUCAUCUGUCCUUGGAUUUGCUAUUAAAUAGUAAACAAAUGAACAUGCCAAUCACAUGGGAUUCUUCGAAACCUUAGAGGACAUUUACCAAAAUUGCUUGUUGUCUUUGACGUACUGCGUGUGCAAGUCAAAACAGUAUCUGCAGGGAUUAAUCUAUAUCUUAAAUUGGGCCCAUUUGAUUUAAGUUCUGAUUCAGUAAUAUACGUUGUCUGUCUGCUGUUUCCUUUUUUUCCUUUAAACCUGUGGCCUAAAUAUCCGUCCGUGUUUGAGGACAUGGAGUGCAUUCCUGGCUGUCGGUCCUGCCCUUCUGUUCCAUCCUAACCUUGUAAAUAAUUCAGUAUAUCUUCAUGCCGAUCACAAGCUUACAAGUUUUGUUGUUUUGUUUUAAAACAUGCCGAAGAGGAGGAAAAAGAUGCUGAUUUAAGUGUGCGUUGCAAACAGUUACUGGGAAACCUACGACACGAAGUCUGUAUGUGCAGAUGCAAUGCUUCAUAUGGAGUCAGAGUUUGGAAUAUUGCAGAUUUACAUGUGCUUUGUCAUGAUUUGAUAAAGUCGUCUGAAAUAUACUUUUUUAACGCAGAAACGAGAAGUGUCAU